AGCUUCGAGCGGCGGCCACGGCGCCACCUCGUCUUGCCUUUCCCCCGCUCUGCUUGGUGCUAGUGGCUGGUCGGCCCUCCCCUCCCCUCCUCUCCACUCGGUGGGUUUGGCCACUGCACUGCACGCCUACACCCAGCCGCCGAGACGAGGAGGAGCAGCGCAGAAAGUUUUCGCUCUUCGAUCUUCCGCCCAAGUUCUUCGCUCGCAUCCUCCAUCGGUCUUCUCUUCCUAGCUUUCUGAUGGAACGAAGAUUGCAAGCUUUUCGUUUUCUUGUACCACCACGUGCUAAUUCAAGGGAAGCGUUAAAUGAGUAUAAACGGCUUGGCAGCAAUGCAAGCUGAGUGAAAGAGGAGGUAUGGAAAAACUUGUUCCAGGGCAAUCUUGACUUCACACAUUGGACCAAAUGGUGCCAAGCCAUGGCCGGCCUGCUUGUACCUGCAGCUUGAGGAAUCCAGAAAGCUCGCCAAUUUGACUCCCACGCAUUUUGAGCAGCUGAGCAACAAUGGAAUUCGGAGGGGUAUUGCAGUUGUGGAAUGAAUGGGGGGUACAGAUGCUGGUCCUAGCAAGCUUCGCGUUGCAGGUGUUCCUCCUCAUCUUCGGAGGGAUCCGGCGGCACAGCUCCUCCUCCGUGCUGAUGUUCUUCCUCUGGUCGGCGUACCUGCUGGCCGACUCCACGGCGAUAUACACCCUGGGCCACCUCUCCGUCGACGGCAGGUCCGACGAGCACGAGCUGGUGGCAUUCUGGGCGCCGUUCCUCCUGCUGCACCUCGGUGGCCCAGACAACAUCACCGCAUACGCGCUCGAGGACAACACGCUUUGGUUGCGCCACCUGCAGACUCUCGCCGUGCAGGUUCUAGGAGCUGUGUAUGUGAUUUACACAUACAUUGUCGGCAGCGGGACCGAUCUUCUGAUGGCCUCAGUCUCGAUGUUCAUCGCCGGACUUCUCAAGUACGGCGAGAGGAUAUGGGCGCUCAAAUGCGGCAACAUCAGCAGUAUCCGCAGCAGCAUAAGCACCAGAAAGUUCAAGACUGACCCUUACGAGUUGCUGGCAUUGGGUACCAGCGAAGAGGAGCUGCUGCUUGGAGCCCACUCCCAAUUCGACAUCUGCAAAGGCGUCUUUGCCGAUAUCAUAAUGCUGCCAAAUCCGUCGCUCCUCUCGCGAUCCAAACGGCGAUCGGUGAUAUCCUACCUGGGGAUGGAUCUGUACAAGCUGGUGGAGAUGGAGCUGUCCCUGAUGUACGACUUCCUCUACACCAAGGCAGCGGUGAUCCACACAUGGUACGGCUUCUGCAUCCAUUUCGUCUCGUUGUUCGGCACGGCCACCACGUUCCUGCUGUUCCAGCUGAUCAUCAGCAGCAGCAGAGGAGAUGGGUACAGCAGAGAGGAUGUGGUCAUCAGCUAUGUGCUGCUGGUUGGGGCCUUGGUCCUGGAGAUCAUAUCAGUGUGCAGGGCUGUGCUAUCCACCUGGACAUGUUCUCUGAUGCACCGGAGGGGCAGGGCAUGGGAGUGGCCUCUCCACAUUAUCACAUCCUUUAGCCGCCGUGUCCACCCGGCAAGCCGGAGACUCUGGUCAGGCUCAAUUGGGCAGUACAAUCUGUUCCACCUUUGCGCCCGCAACACGAACGAGAUUGGGAGUAGGUUGGCAACCAGAUUGGGGCUCCAGGACUGGUGGAACAUGAUGCACUUCUCGGGCACCUUCUCGAAUACCGGCUCUUUCUCAAUACAAGAUCUCAAGAAACUGGUUUUGCAAGCACUGGAAGAGAAAGAGCGAGCGCUGCAAUACAAGGAUACCGACCUGAACUCCAGGGGCAGCUUCAUACUCAAGAGUAUGAAGGCCUAUGACGACUUUGCCCGAUGGAGCGUCAACAUCGACUUCGACGAGAGCAUCCUUGUUUGGCACAUCGCGACCGAGCUGUACAUCCGGAGAUCCAAGGCCAGGCACGCGAAAGAGCUCGUUGAGGCUACCGAGGUGCUGUCCAAUUACAUGAUGUUUCUGCUGGUGGUGAAGCCCAACAUGCUGCCCGGUGCUGCACGACACAACAUACAUCUCCCCUCCUGUGAACAGAUAGAAGGGCAUUGUCGUAUGGGCUUUGGUGGUGAGAAGGAUAACCCGGUGGCGGCAUCGCCCAUAAGCUGGAACCCAUACUGUAUGCUCAAGGAAUUGCUCCACCAUGAUGGCCCUAGUUGCUCAAGUAUCCCACGGAGGGAGAAGCUCGCGGAGAUCGUGUGGAGUUUCUGCCAAUUCGCACUGGGAUCAGUAAAGGCACCAAAUCCACACGGCGAAUCCAUCCGCGACAGUGCAAACAUGUACUCGGUGUUGCUCGCCAACGAGCUUCUCGGCAUCGAGUCGCGGUGGUGUGAGCAGCGUGACACCUUGGAACUCAUCCUAGGGGUGUGGGUGGAGAUGUUGCUGUACGCUGCGAACCAUUGCAGCCAGGAGUCGCAUGCCAGGCAGCUCAGCAAUGGCUGCGAGUUCAUCACCAUCGUGUCGUUACUAGCACACCACUUCAAGUACUACUCUGGAGCAUCCAGGGGCGCGGACGAGCUGUAUGAGAGUAACCCUUCAAUGAGAACGGUGAGAAGUUGGUCUAGAUCCCUUUCUUAAUGAAAUUGGUCGUACUGAAUCUUUCGGCCGACCCGGCAAAAGAAGUUGGUAUAGAUGAAUUCUAUCAACGGUUUCGCUCUUUCCUCUAGUAGAAGCAGAGGAUUCAACACUUCCAUCCAUGUAACCAACCGUUGUUAUCUCGUUGUUAUCGGUAAACAAACAUACUCCCUCUGUCAAGAAAUGUAAGCAUUUUCUGGCUAUGCGCUUGGACAAAAUGCUUAUAUUUGUGGAUAGAGGCGGUAAUUAUUGGGAUAUAUAGAGUAACACAAGUUGGAAGAUUACUUGAAUGGCUGUGUAUGCCAAGGGCGGUUGUGCAAAACCAUCAUUAACAAGAACCUUUUGCAACUCAC